UGUGUGUGUGUGUGUGUGUGUGUGUGUGUGUGUGUGUGUGUGUGUGUGUGUGUGUGUGUGUGUGUGUGUGUGAGUGUGGGUGUGUGUGUGUGUGUACCGCAGCACUGACUUGUGAAUGUUCCUUCAGACUCCAGUUUGCCAAGCAGGACGCAGACAGGCUGUCAGAUGCUGUGAUCAGAGCAAGCACCUGGAAACCCUUCAGUUUCUCGUAUGGCUGAAGAUGAAGACGGUUCUUGAACCUAUGCCUAUGACGAUGAACCCCAACACGGCGCAUCCCGAGCUGUUCUUGUCAGAUGACCUGAUGACGGUGACCUUCAUCAAGGACAACCCUGAACGCUUUGACCUGUACCACAGUGUAAUGGCAAACGAGGGCUUCGACUGUGGCAUUCACAGCUGGGAGGUGGAGGUUGGUAACACCUCGCGCUGGAUAGUGGGCGUCAUGGCCGAAUCUGCCCAGCGCACGGGCGACUUCUCAGCCCAGAAGGGCCGCUGGUUCCUGUGGAACAACAACGGGCUGUACCACGCCCGCUGCACGCCUCUCGACCCAUCUGAGGUCAAGCCAGAGAAGAUGCCCACGAGGAUCAGGGUGUGGCUGGACUUUGGAGCUGGAGAGAUCAGCUUCUACGACCCUGAAAACAACGUACACCUGCACACGCUCAAAGAGCCGUUCUACGAGAAGGUCUUCCCCUAUUUUAACACACUCUCCGCACUUAGGAUCGUGCCCAUAAAGCAGCCGUUGUGGGGUCAGGCUCCUGAGUCCGAGCAAGAUUAGCCUUCGGACGACCGUCUUGAGAUGUUAGUCCGACCAAACAACGUGCCAACAACGACUGAAUCUCAAAACCGUCAGACCAAUGUUGUCAGAUGAUAGUACUAUGUAAGUCCAAUCAAUUUGCAAUCACGUCUUCGGAAAUACUCGGAGUCUCUCGCCUCAACUUGGCUGCAUUUGUCGCAGAGCACUGAUGACACCAGAUUCAGCUUCAGUGAUUACAUCUUUAUCAAAGCCAAUAAAUGUUCUCAACACAACCAUGUCCCGGAAUUAACCCCUUUAAACAAAGUUACCAAAUGUUGCAUUACAUGUCACUACAUAUUUAUUUUAUUUAGGUCUUGUACAAUGUUUUGAUAAAUAUAGUACAACUACUUUGUGUGUCUGUGAGGGAAUUGUUGGGUGGAAAAAACGACGAGCCAAGCCCAGGCUCCGCAUGGUUCAACUAGGCAAGAGAGUUGUGCAGGGCACAGCUCCACAAACGCACACAACAGCGCGUGGAAAUGGUCGGA